UUGGCUACGGCCGGCAAUAGUACUGGUACAUGUACAUGCAGCUAGCCGUUUGCUAGCGGCUGUAUUUUAAUCUCCCCAGACACGUGUGUUACCAUCAAUUUCAGAAAGACGCUUUUGGGAGCCUGGUAGCCUUGGCUAAAAUCUAGUCCAUCACCGGCUAUAGCACCGAACUCUGGUGGGACGUGUCCAUGUACGUGUCAAACAUGUCGGCGUUUAGAGCAUGUUUGCGAUCAUUCCUCUCAAAUAAGAAUGCACUUCCAUCUCUGAGGGCCUUAGCGUUCCACAGGACAGCUUUGAACAAUGCAGAGAUCAUCGAUGGAAAGAAGAUUUCCAAGGUGGUGCAGGCCGAGGUAGCUGAGGAGGUGAAGGCGUGGGUAGCAGAGGGCCACCGGCCCCCUCAUCUGACGGCCGUCUUGGUAGGUGAAGACCCAGCCAGUGCUGUCUACGUCAGGAACAAGAUGAAAGCCGCCGAAGAGUGUGGUAUCACCUCAGAAACCAUCCGUGAACCUGACACCAUGACAGAAGCUGCCCUGCUCUCCCUCGUCGAUGACCUCAACAAGUCGGACACUGUCGACGGCAUCCUGGUGCAGUUACCUGUCCCCCCGCACAUGGACAAGAGGAAAGUCUGUGACGCCGUCUCCCCAAACAAAGAUGUGGACGGGUUCAACAUGGUGAACGUCGGCAGGCUGGUGCUGGACUUGCCAACGCUGCUGCCGGCCACACCUUAUGGUGUGUGGGAGCUCAUCAAGAGAUCAGGUGUGGAGACAGUGGGGAAGAAUGCGGUUGUGAUGGGCAGGUCCAAGAACGUUGGUCUCCCGCUUGCCCUGUUACUCGCUGCCGACAAGAGGAACACCCUCAAGAUGGGUCUGAAUUGUAACGUCACCAUCUGCCACAGCAAGACCUCCCCGGAGAUGAUGCGCUACUACAUGACCAAUGCGGACAUCAUCGUGGCGGCAGCUGGCCGCCCCAAAAUGAUCACAGCCGACAUGGUCAAGGAAGGUGCAGCCAUCUUCGACGUGGGCAUCAAUCGGAUCCAGGACCCCAAGACUGGGAAGUUUAGGCUGGUCGGGGACGUGGACUAUGAGGGAGUGUUUGACAAAGUUGGUCAUAUCACACCUGUGCCCGGUGGCGUGGGACCAAUGACUGUUGCCAUGCUGAUGAAAAAUACCCUCCAAGUUGCCAAGGGAGAGAUCUAAGGUUUAGCACCAGAGGAGGGCUGAACAUUCAAUGUGUCUGCUCACUGAUACGUGGUACAUGCCUUCGGUUUAUUGGCACUGGAUAUCGUGUUGCAUUGGACAGAAAAGAAAAAGUUGUAACCGGAAGAUUAUUAAACAAGAAGCUAUUUAGUGUGAAUACCCCUACACCCAGAGUUGUGAGAAAGUGCAGGCCUCGACAUAAAUUUCUUUUUGGCGCUCGUCCAUCAAACCAGCAGCAUUGAAAACUUGCUUGUCUGAUGUGUCAUUGUACUUGCCCAGGUGAUCCGUGCCCUAUCCACAGGCCUGUAACCAUAAGUAGAGCCUAACACUGGGCUCCGUCUAACUGCGUGGGCAGUGCAUUUGCUGAAAGUUGUAUGAGUAAACGAAUUUGGUACCCAGACACGGGUAUUUUGCAAUUCAUUUUUGUAUGCAUUUUACCAAUUGUAGGAGAGUGCCUUGCUAAAUGUUAACAUGCAUACCAACCUCAUCCCCAGUGGUUACUUUAUUUCUAGCGUAGAAUCCAGUAGUAACAACUGUGGGGGUGCACUGCUAGUCACAAUUAGGGAUGAGGUAGGCAUCGUACAUACACAUUGUACAUGUGCAUGACAUACCGGCCCUGUAGAUUCAUAGAGGCUUGAUGCAAGUUGCACGUAUUACGUUGCGACUAAAAAAUCAUACUCAUAGCAUUCUUUUAGCGUGUGGAGAGGAACAAAAGUCAGAAGUAAAUUUCCCGACUGCUUUUCUUGACCAUGAAAAACUGCAGUGUUAAGGGAGAAAAUACCUGUCCAUCGAGUAGCUUGUCCUAAAGUUUAACUUGCUGUAAAGAAUAAGUUACCUGUCCCGGGGCAAUCCAACAACCGCUAGUGUCGAGGCCUGAGUAUUUAGAGACAUGUAUUUUGGACAAGAGCAAGACAGUUUCAGCUGGAAAAAUGGAAGGUGUCUGUUAGAAUUAUGUGUGGUUUUUAUUUUUUAACUAUCCGUUCAUUUUGUUUUAUUUCUCUGUGGAAUUACUAAUACAUGUAGUCUUUUUCAUAGUUGCUUACAGCAGAGCAGUCACUCAGUCGUUCCUUUUUAUCAAUUCAGCGGAGGCCAAAUUUAGAAAUAAUAUUAGCGACUCUGAUUCAGAAUGCAUCCUCUGACAUGAUUUUUUAUAUUCAAGGAUUAAAAUUAUGAAUAUUUAUGUGCACAAUUCAGUGCUAAGAAUUGGCUUUGUAGACUUAAUUUAAGUAUGAGUCUAUUGAAAAAUGCCCUGUGGGUAUUUUUCUUCAGAAUGUUUUCUUGAAAUUGUUACGUAACAUAUCAAUGGAUUAUUGAUUCAUUAAAUCAAAAUACAUGUACAGGUCUUUCUCGGGCUUGUCAGAAUCUUGAAUAUGAAAUUUCGACUUUUAAAAACCCAUAAAGGCAAAAUAUUCAUGUUAUUUCAGAUUUUAUUUCAGAAGAUCCUCCUUUCACGCUUGAUUUUGUAUUUGGGUAUUUACAUUUCUGUUUGAUACGAGCGACAGUCAUUUGCAAAAGUUUAAGACCUACUGGGAUUUCAUUGGUAUUUCUGUCACCGGUAUUGUCUCAUUAAAUGUUUACAUAAUAUGUUCUUUACGGCGGUGAUAACAUCAGAGUCAUGCUGUGAGCCCAUUUGAAUGAAAUUUUUUGAAAGGCAGAUCUUGUAUGACAUUUUUUCUUCAAUGCAGCAUGGGUAAAAAAAAGUCAGCCUAAGUCCAUCAGAAAUAGAGGGUACACGAAAUAGACUUAGGAUUUCAAAUCCUGGAAAUGUAGUCAAACAGCUGUUCAAGCAAGAUACUAAGGUUACACAUAGAAAAUAAACAUAAG